AUGUCUGCGGCAUUGGAAGAGGUUCCUUCAAUGAAAGGUGGGUGUGAAGAAGGGUUGAACCUGAAGGCCACUGAGCUGAGGCUUGGGUUGCCAGGGUGUGAGUCACCAGAGAGGGAGGGUGUGUUUAAGAGUGUGGUGGUGUCUGGGGCCAAGAGGGGUUUCUCUGAUGCCAUUGAUGGAGGUUCUGGAAACUGGAAUGGUGGAUCUGAAGUGGGUUUGGGAAAAGAUGCUGCCUUGUUCUCUCCAAGGGGAACUGUUAGUGCUGCCAAGUCUCUCACUCUCACUGCAGCAGACUGCACCAACCACACAACUGUUUUGGGUGCUUCUGUUCUCAAGGAAACAGUUCCACACUCUCCAAAACCUUUGCAUGAGAAGAAGCCUCAGAUUUCUGCUCCAGCUGCUAAGGCGCAAGUUGUGGGAUGGCCACCAAUCCGUUCUUUCAGGAAGAACUCAAUGGCUUCUCAGCCUCAGAAGAAUGAUGAUGCUGAGGCAGAAGCUAAGUCUGAAUGCCUUUAUGUUAAAGUCAGCAUGGAAGGCGCCCCAUACUUGAGGAAAGUGGAUCUUAAUAGUUUUGGCACUUACAAGGAACUCUCUUUGGCACUUGAAAAGAUGUUUAGUUGUUUUACAAUCAGUCAAUGUGGCUCUUAUGGAGUUUCUUCUAGUCCAGAAAAUUUAAGUGAAAGUAGAUUGAUGGAUCUUCUUCAUGGUUCAGAAUACGUUCUUACCUAUGAAGACAAGGAUGGAGAUUGGAUGCUAGUUGGUGAUGUUCCCUGGGAGAUGUUCACUGAGUCUUGCAAGAGGCUGAGGAUAAUGAAGAGUUCUGAAGCAAUUGGGCUAGCACCUAGAGCUGUGGAAAAGUGCAAAAGUCGCAACUAG